AUGUACAUCGAGGAUCACAUUGAUGUGCUUGCACUAGGAAAACGGCAAAUCGAACCUUGGAGCCACGUGGGGUCCUCCAUGCCCUGUCUGGAGCCAGCAAUUCCAGUGAGAUCAAUCGAAUAUCAUAAAAAUCAUACACUAAUGCCUUGGCGACCCAGUGCUGGCUAUGAGAAUGUCCAGUUGGUCCCUUUAUCGAAGAAAUGCAUCUCCACAUACGCUGUCGACCCAGCCACGGGGAUGUCGACAGAGCCCCUGAAAUUUCCAAAUCUAGUGACAGGUUACCAAAGAAAUCCUGUGCACGCCUCUCAGUCUGCCCUGCACACGAGAUACACUCCCAAUGAGUGGUUCCAGAAGCAGAUCAAAUUCUACAACGAUGCUGACGCCAAUACUUACUACUCUGAGAGGAUGCGGAAUGACGCUGUCAAGAUCAUGCGGGCGGCAGAGGAAAAGAUCCAGAUUACCCAACACGAGACAGGAAGGAGACUGGGCGAACGAAUAACAGACGUAACAUUCUGGAGGAACGAAGUCGCUGCAGAGUUGGAGAGACUGAUUCAGGAGUGCGAGAGACUCCAGGAUUGCAGGAGUGUCCUGGAGAAAGCUGUUCAGGACAUUGAGGGGCCACUUCAUAUAGCUGAAGAGUGCCUUUACCAUCGAGAAGCGAGGAAGAGCACUGAACUGGUGCACGAUGACUCGGAGAAGUGCCUCCUGUACGAGGUUUCGAACCUCAAGAGCAAUCAGAAGAGACUCGAGGGUUGUCUGGAGAGGUGCAAAGAUCAGUUGAGAAACUGUCGAGCAUCGCAAAAUCAACUUGAGUUGGAUCUCAAGAAUAAACAGAGUGCUCUCGGAAUAGACACAGUGUGCCAUCAAUUGAACAAUUACAGUCAUGGUAUACAGUACUACGCUGGAAUUGAAAAAUACGAUCCAUGUGUUUCAGAGCAAGAGACUUGGGCAGACGCAGCUAACAGGAUAGUCCAGAAAUCCCAGAGCGAACGAGCAAAAUCCGUUCAGUUACGUGCGGAGGCCGAGGCCCUGGUGAACAGAGUGUCUCGAGAAAUGUGGGAGACCUGGACGAGUACGAAUAAUGCAUUGUCUCGACGAAGUUCAGAGUUGUUGGAGGCUAAGAAUCAACUCCAGCAGCAUCUCCACAAGGUCCAACAAGAGAUCUUCGACGUCGAGAAGAAUCUCGAAAUAAUGAGAAAAUCAAUAGCCGACAAGAGUUACGCCCUGAAAGUCGCCCACACACGUCUGGAAGCCAGGAUGCACCGUCCAGAGCUAGAGUUAUGUCGCGAUUAUGCCCAUGUGAGCCUCCAGAAGGAGAUUGAGGACAUAAACCAUCAAGUGGAGAAGAUGCACAAGAUGUUGAAAGAGCUUGAGUGCCAGCACCAGAGGCUCCUGCGAACGAGAAACGGUUUGGAACACGAUCUGUCCCUGAAAAUCGAUGCCAUGUACAUCGAUAAGGAGAAAGUCUGUGGUUUGAGACGAGCCUACCCAGUAAAUGCCCUAUUCAGAUUUUAAAAACCACCGAAAAAGAAAUUCAACGCAUAGAAAGGAGUUAGAUCUAGAGAAAGUGGAAUUAAUAACUCGACUGGAUUUAAAAAAAUGGAUUUUAAACAUUUAACAAAUGCAAGGCUUCAAUAUGAAUCAAAUUUCCUAUUUUCAAAGAUUUUAAUCAUCAAUUCGAAUUGGACUCCGAAUUUGAAUUGAGUGCUCUUGAUAUUUAUUUAUUAGUUGUUCAGUAACAAAAUGCAUUGAUAUUUCAUUCAAAUUCUCCUAAAAAUGAUCUAAAAAUCACCAAAAAAUAAAUUAAACACAUAAAACAAAGUUAGGUCCAGGGAAAACGCAAUUAAUAACUCAAUUGAAUUAAAUUAGAAUUUAAUAUUUAAUUGAUAAUCUUCUGUACAAUUUCUGCCUAGACACUGACUAAUUGCCCUGGGUAAUGUGCUUCUUAAUAUAGCUUGGUACAGGCAAAUCUAGUCCUCUUUUAGCCUCGAAGAACGUGUAGGAAAGGGUGAUGUCGUCGCAAUUCUCUAGUCUAGGGUCCUCAGCGUAUUCUGGAUCGAUGUAGAAGAAUACUGGCAUGUCAACCUUCAAUAAUUUAUGAGGUAAUCUUGUUAAUACUGCCAGUUACGAAGAGAAAUUGAAGGUAAUAAAAAU